GAAAAGCCAACAUGGACCAUAAAUCCCAGGAUGAGGAAGAUUUAGCUUCUGGAAAAACCUCUAUAAAACAAAAAGAAAUCAAACAUCUUCCAGAUGUAUAUAUAUACUCUAUAAACAGUGAAGAAGAAUCCUUAUCAGAUGAAACCAAGAACAGAAGUCAACUUAACCAAAACUUCAGCUCUCUUAUUCCUAACCCUAAUCUAAACCUUGCUGAUAUCCAAAUAGAGGAAGAGAAGUCAUUUCCCUAUCAAUCCUCGGAUCCCUCCCCUUCCUCUAUAAGCAUUCCAAGCCCAGUUUCCUCACCACCCCCUGUACCUAUUGAAGAUCCUUCGAAAAGACUAAAACUUGAUGAAGGAGAGACAAAUUCAAUGCAAAAUAAUGAUAAGAUGAAACAGCUAUCUUUUAGUGGAUCAACAGAAAGCACUUUGAGAAAAUGUUCAUCAGCUGAUAUCCUCCAAACUAUUGUGCAUACUCAAGAUUCACUUCUCAAAGUACAAUCCCUAUCCAUAAAGAGUUCAUUCACCUACAUUGAUGGCCAAUCCAAGUCUCAUUUCAGUAAAGGACAACUUACUAGUAAAGACCAAUCUCAUUCAUUUUCUCAGCUCAGCUUUAAUUCAGAAAACUAAGUACUUAACAGCAGAUGCAAUGAGGAAAGGAUUUCAUGAAGUAUACUCUGUGAAAGACUUGUCUUCAUAGUGAAGUGAACACUCACUUCAAAUUGGAUUAUGAAGGCGUAUUGAUUCUGCUCUACGAGUUCGCAAAUAGCUAUAAUUGCCUUCCAAGGAGGGUUGCUAACUAGCGACUGUAGAUCUCAGCGGAUGUCAUCAGCUUAAAUCUUCAGUGUCAAUGUGGCUCAUGUUUUAAGAUAGUCUCAGACUAUUCCACUACCAAACCUACUCCAAGCUAUGCUCUUAUUUAUUUGAUCGUAGCAUGAAUUAGUCAGCCAUUUAUUUACAUUUGAAGUUUUAACUCAUAAUUCACCU